AUGGCAUUAUAUGGUCGUUUGCUUUAUGCGUGGUUACCAGUGCUGGUAUUCUUGUUACAAGCAUCUCGCGGUGGAUUUGCACAAAGCUACUACGAUGACGACAACCAUGGCGGAUAUGAUCCAAAUGCUCUUUGUUCAGAAGACCCAACUACAUUUGCAAUGGUAUGCACCUGUAAUGCUGGUUAUACUAACACUGGUAGCGACGACAACGUUGUCUGCACAGAUAGUUGCACUAUCAAAAAUGGAGGCUGUGGUCCAGAAGCUGCUUGCACACACGAUGCUACGACAAAUGCAGUAGAAUGCAUCCGUAAAACUGGUUAUACCAACAGGGGAUCGGCAUCGGAAGUGAAAUGCACAGAUACGGGAUCGGCAUCGGAAAAAAAACGCACAGAUACGGGAUUUGCAUCGGAAGAGAUACCCACAGAUACGGGAUCGGCAUCGGGAGAUAUACGCAUAGUUAAUAUUCCUGCUAAUGCUAAAUGGUCACAGAACGGAGUGACUAUUGCUGGGGGCCACGGGCAAGGGGGUGCCACUAAUCAACUCAACUCCCCUAUUGGUCUUUUUGUUGAUGAUGAUCAAACAGUGGUUAUUGCUGACAUGAUGAAUCAUUGUAUCAUACAAUGGAAGAGCGGUGAUACAGCAAAUGGACAAGUUGUUGCUGGUGGCAAUGGCAAAGGGAAUGGAUUACAUCAAUUGUAUGGUCCAAUUGAUGUAUUAAUUGACAAAGAGACGGAUAGUCUCAUUAUUUGCGAUAAUGGGAAUCAACGAGUUGUACGAUGGUCUCGCCGUAGUGGCACAACACACGGUGAAGUCCUGAUCGAUUACAUCGCUUGCUAUGGAUUAGCAAUGGAUGAACAGAGAUAUCUCUACGUCUCUCACCACGGAAAACAUGAGGUAAGACGAUAUAAAUUUGGUGAGAACAUUGGCACUCUCGUGGCUGGUGGUAACGGACAAGGUGCUGGACUCAAUCAACUCAACGGACCCACAUAUCUCUUUGUCGGUCAAGAUCAUUCAGUCUACGUAUCAGACUACUACAAUGCUCGUGUAAUGAAGUGGAAUAAAGGUGCAAAAGAAGGUAUUGUGGUCGCUGGGGGACAAGGUGGAGGGAGUGCUCUAACACAAUUGUCUGCUCCUUAUGAACUCUUCGUUGAUACAGUGGGUGCACUCUAUGUAGCAGAUGCGGGGAAUGCUCGUGUAAUGCGUUGGACUCAAGGAGCGAAACAAGGCACUGUAGUUGUGGGUGGAAAUGGCGUAGGGGCAGGAGCAAAUCAGAUAGGUGGCCCCUAUGGUUUGUUUUUCGAUCAACAUGGUAAUCUCUAUGUCACGGAUUGGGGCAAUCAUCGUGUUCAACGAUUUUCUAUCGAAUAA